UGUCUUUGAGAUGUCGAAAUUACACAUUUUGCAUUCGUGAACAUGGUUCGUGCUAGCCUGGCCUAUCAGAAGGUCAUUCCCGGCCAGCGGAUUGGGCGAUACAUCUCUCCUGACCCAAGUUUCCAGGAUCCUGGUGACCUCUGUGAUGUUCGUGAAGAAACCGAAGUUGAAAUCCAAAAUGCGCGUUUGGCCACUGAAGUCCUGUCCUGGCCUACUGCCGGAUUUGAGCUCUUGCAAGCCCCAACAAGGAUGCAAAGCUUCGAAGAUGAGUCUGAAGUGCGAAAGGCCGGCAGAAAUGAGAUCCCUGCAGUGCCCUGCAAUUCGCCGUGGUUUCCCUACAGAAGCUCAAGAAGUGCACCCAAAUUCCAAACAAACACCGGGAGCAGGAAGGUCUAUUACAGCGAGGUUCAAUCAUUGUUGUCGGAAGUUCUGGAGAAAGCUGGGGCGAAAGUUGAGCGAGUCAUGGUGUUCGACCACACGAUUCGCUCAAGCACAGCUUCCGGGCUGAACACUCUGGGCGUUCGCGGGAAGUGGGCCGGGCCUGCCACCUUUGUGCACGCGGAUUACAACGAGCGCUCAGCGCCCCAACGUCUGCAGCAACUGGCACAGACACCGGGAUACACAGGGGUGCUGUUGCCGGCAGAGGACGUUCAGAAGGCCCAGCGACGUUCCAAAGGGCCGGAAAUCCGACGUUCACGAGAGGCCCGAUCUCCACCCGUUCGAAGUGCACAGGUCCUUGGUUUCAGACGGGUUGGUCGAAUGUGGUGCUGAUUUGAUCCGAUUUGCCUUAGGGAAGUUCAGAAGCGAAUCCGUGCAGAGUUCCGGGUGAUGCUCGGAGCUGGUUUUUUGUCCUUCCUUUGGACGUUGUGGAAUUCGAAGCAGAUGAGCGACCCAGUAUGACAUGACCCGGUGGUGCCUCCAAAAAAAGUAACAAUCAAAUACAAUCAACAAUUGGGGAAUUGCUGACAAAGACCCAACCUGCAUCGUGACAGGUCUUGUCCUCGGGGCAGAGGUUCGCAUUUAUCAAUGUGUGGCGCAGCAUCGAUCCGCUAAAUCCAGCCUUUGACUAUCCACUGUCUUUGUGCGAUCCAAGAAGCGUUGAAGAAGAGGAUUGGAUGAACUAUGAGAUGGUUUACCCAGAUCGGGUGGGCAGCAGAUUGUCUUUGUCCAACCGCGCAGCAGCAUCGCACAAGUGGUACUACUAUCCUGAGAUGAGGAUCGAUGAGUGCUUGAUCUUCAGUUGCUGCUAAGCCAUAAACAUCUGACCCAUCCCAUGCAGGCCCUUGGUCACUGUCCCACUGGGUGCUGUCCCACCUGCUCCAGCUGUCCUGGACGGAGCCGAAGGUUGGCGUUUGUCCUGGGAUGCAUGGUGAUCGUUUUUUCUCAAACAGAUAUGUGUCGUUCACCGUCCGAGAUGUGUCAUAGUUGUGUCCUGUCCAAGCUCAGGAAAGAAGAUUAUGCUUGGAAAGCCCAAUGCAGAAAUUGUUGGGUGACCUUCACUUGCACAUCACCAUACAGAGAAAACAUUCAACAUCUGACCAGCUAAGGCUACGAUCGUCGACCUGACGUCCCUCGUUUUGUUUUCCAUAGUGCCUUUGAUGAUCCAAGUGCGAGGACAAAGAUUCCGCGCCAAUCCAUUGAGGCCAGGACAGCAGUCAUUUUCGAUGAACUUGCGUUGAAAUCAACAAUUUAAGGAA